GCCUCUUUUUUGGCUGGUGACACUUGGCGCAGUUUUGAGCUACAUCCGCUAACAAAGAGUGUCCGGGAUUUUUGUCUUUUUUUAUUUAAAAUAAACGUUCAUUUUUGCCGUCUAGCAAAAAAAAAAUAUAUAUAUAUUACCAUGAGUUCUCUUAACGUCAAAAAGCUGAAAGUAAAUGAGCUGAAGGACGAGCUGAAAAAGCGAAAUCUGUCGGAUAAGGGUCUGAAGGCCGAGCUGAUGGACCGCCUGCAGGCCGCGCUGGACGAGGAGGCCCUCGCCGGAGAGGCCGCAGCGGAGGAAGAGGCCGCCGCCGAGCAGGAGGGGAAAGAAGCAGAAGAAGAAGCCCCCGAUGCCGAGCAAGAGGAGGAAGAAGAAACCCCCGCCGCCGACCAGGAGGCCAUGGGGGAGGAAGAGGAGGGCGAAGGCCCUGCGGAGGAAAGCAUGGAGGCCAGUGAGGCUGUGGAAGAGGAGAAGAAUGGAGGCGGCGGGAAUGCCGUCGCUGAGGAUGAAGAGAUGGGUGAGGGCAACAUGGACGACGAUGAUGACAUGGAUCCCCUGCUCAAGGGCGAUGUGGACGAUAUGGAGAAAAUCGACGCGGAUGACCAGGCUGCUGAGGGGGAUGCGGACAAAGACACGAAUGCUGAUCAGAAGAAUAAGAAGGGUGUUAAGAGACGCCGGGAGGAACAUGGAAGGGGCUACUUUGAAUUUAUUGAAGAGAGCAAAUACAACUGGGCCUCCUUAAAGUCUCCCGCACCUCCUUUGGUUGAAGAGGAUGAGGAGUUUGAUGAGACAAAAGUCUGUCUGGAUACAUACAAUUGUGACCUGAACUUUAAGGUGUCACGAGACCGUUACAGCGCUUCACCCCUCACAAUGGAGAGUUUUGCUUACCUCUGGUCGGGGGGAAAGGGCACCCAUGGUGUGAACAAAGGCAAAGCCUGCUUUGAGAUGAAGCUCACAGAGAAAAUUCCAGUGAAACACAUCUCUGGAAAGAACGUGGAGGUCCAUGAUGUGCACGUUGGCUGGUCCCUGGCUACUGGCAUGCUUCUCCUUGGUGAGGAGGAGUACUCUUAUGCCUACUCUUCAAAAGGCAAAAAGACCACCAACUGUGUGACUGAGGACUUUGGAGAGACUUUUGAUGAGAAUGAUGUCAUCUGCUGCCUUAUUGACUUUGAGGGCGAGGAGAUUGUGAUGUCAUUUUCCAAAAAUGGCGGCGAGCCAGCUAUUGCUUUCCAAGUCAGUAAGGAUGCCCUGAAUGGCCAUGCGCUGUUCCCCCACGUCAUCUGCCACAACUGCACUGUGGAGUUCAACUUUGGCCAGAUGGAUAAGCCCUACUUUCCCCAGCCGGAGGGCUACACUUUCCUGCAGCAGAUCCCUGUAGAGGACAGAGUCCGGGGACUCAAGGGUCCACAGACGAAGGCCGAGUGUGAGAUUAUAAUGAUGGUUGGCCUGCCAGGCUCAGGGAAGACUACAUGGGUGAACAACCACAUUCAGGAAAAUCCCAGGAAGUACUGCAUCCUGAGCAGCGACACUAUUGUGGACAAGAUGAUGAUCAACAGCUUCAAGCGCCAGUCAAAGGACAUCGGAAAACUGACUGCCAUUUCCCAACGGGCACCACUCUUUUUGGGAAAGUUUAUAGAGAUCGCUGCUCGCAAAAAGCGAAACUAUAUUCUGGAUCACACAAACCUGUCUGCGCCGGGACAGAAGAGAAAGAUGUGUUUGUUUGCUGGCUUCCAGCGUCAGGCAGUGGUGGUCUGCCCGUCCGAUGAGGACUACAAGAAGAGAGUCCAGAACAAGGUUGAGAGCGACAGCAAAGAAGUGCCUGAGCACGCGGUCCUAAAAAUGAAAGGCUUUUACGCUCUGCCUGAAGAGGGCGAGAGCUUCAACAAGGUCAUCUAUGCUGAGCUGCAGAAGGACGACGCUGUCAAGCUGCUGGAGCAGUACAAAGAGGAGAGCAAGACUGCUCUGCCUGCAGAGAAGAAGCCCAACCAGGGAAGCACAACUCCCAAACGUGUGGGCGGCCAGCGUGGUGGCGGCGGCCAGCGUGGCGGCGGCCAGCGUGGUGGCGGCCAGCGUGGUGGCAGCCGCGGAGGAAAGAACCAGUUUGGCCGCGGAACUCCUGGACAGAGAGGUGGUGGUGGUGGGCGUGGAAACUUCCAGAACAGAGGCAAUUUCAGAGGGGCUCCCAGCUCUCGUGGCGCCAACUUCAACCGUCCACCUCGUGUCUUUGUCCCUCCCCCACCAUUCAGAGGUUUUCCUAGCCGUGGAAACUUUAGCCGUGGUAGUGGACCCUUGCCCAGCCUGGGCGGCUCCCCCAGGGGUGCACCAAUGAGGGGGCUCAUGGGUCCUCCAAGAGGAGGUCCUAUGAGCAGAGGUGGCCCAAUGAGCAGGGGGAACAUGAGCAGAGGAGGUGGAGCCAGAGGACCCCCCAGCCAGUAUCAGCAGAGGGGUGGUAACCGUGGCAACUAUGGCAACAAGGGUGGCAACUAUGGAAACAGGAGUAGCGGUGGCUACGGUAAUAGGAACGGCAUGGACAAGGCCCAAGCCUUCAACCAGAGCUGGCAUCAAGGGUUCUGGAACCAGAAGCCGUGGAGCCAGCAGUACCAUCCCGGAUAUUACUAAGACACUCUGUUCUAAUGGACUGGUGGCCAACGGAGAACCCACCACUUGCCACGGAACAUAACCCCCGCCUCCGCUCCACUCUUGAUUUUUCUGUUUUCAGGACCCACUUUUUAAAAAAAUCUAAUCUGAUCUGAAGAAACAACAUUCCACAUCAGAGAAGAGCAGUCUUCAGCGGUGACACGAAAGCUGUCACACAGGCACAGCGUGGGUUCAGUCUAGUCUUCGGUCUUAUUGCUUUCUUCUGUUGAACAUUUCAUUAUUUUCCACCACUUUUAAAUGAUGUGCUUUUAAAAAAGGAGAAAAAAAACUUGUUUGAUAUCAAACAGCCAGUGCAUUUUGUCCACCUGGAAGAUUUUUUUUUCUCUCCCCUCUCCUCCAGGUUAAGUUUUUUUUUUUUAACAAUUUGUAAAUAUUUGGGGGUUAUUUUUUCCUAGUUUGACAUUUAAGAGUGUAAUAAUUGAGGGGAACCUCAACCUCCUGGUAGCUGAUAAUUUAGUCACGUUUGCACUGUCAAACGAGUCAAAGCAGAAACAUUUCUGAAAGUUUUUGUCUUCUGUUCCCCUGAUGCCUGUAAACUUGAUGGAUAAUAAACAGCUUGUUGCUUAUUUUUAUUACAUCUC